CAUUCAACCCAACGUCGCUUUUAAUAAUUUACAUAUUAUAAUAAUAAUAAAAAAAUAAACUUUUUAACCAGCUGAGUUACUUUAGUUUUUUUUUUAUAUAUGGCACUGGACUGAAGAUCUACACAGAGCUGGCAGGAAAAAAAAGGAGAUUCUGGAUGUUGUGAGAGAAAAGAAGAAAAGAAGAAGAGAGUAUUUUCUACAGCAGCCAAGUUGCAUGAAUAAAAUCUGGGUAUUUGUGUGGGUCUGUUCCGCUCCUCAGACAGGAGCACAGUCACUUCGCCUUCGAGGACAACGAUGAGCAGGAGAAGCUGAGGAACAGCAGCUGAUUGUGACAUCGCUCGGAGCUUUGUAUGGGUCAUUCUCAUCAACCAAAGACUGAGCAAACAUCUUGACUCCAGCAGAGCUACAGCUGUCCUCAGCCUGGUUGUGGUCUGAGGGGACUCACAUCAAAGCUCUCCGUUCUUGGCUUUGCUUCAUUGCUGUGAUCAUUAGAAUUGAGCUCUGUCCAAGCCUUAGCUGACUCUGCACAUGGAGGACUAUGACGUUUGCUCUGCUGCCAGCAUCCUGGCCUCGGUGAAGGAGCAGGAGGAGCGUUUCGAGCAGCUUACCCGAGCCUUGGAGGAGGAGCGCCGCAACGUCAACCUGCAGCUCGAGCGUGCCAAUCUGCCACCCAACCCCGCCACCAGCCAACCCCUAGCAUGGCAACAAGUGGUGAUGCAGGAGCAGAGCCCCAGUAACGCCACACCCCUGGCCAUGAUGCAGGAGCCGCAGGAGGUGGUGGAGGAAACGGUCACCAUAGAGGAGGACCCCGGCACCCCCACCUCCCACGUCUCGGUGGUCACCUCUGAUGAUGGAACCACGCGGCGCACUGAGACUAAGGUGACCAAGAUGGUGAAGACGGUGACUACCAGAACGGUGCGUCAGGUUCCCCUGGGGCCAGAUGGCUUACCCCUACCUGAAGGCUCAUCCCCUUUGAGCAGCUACACCGAUUCCAUCGACCGACGAUACAUGAAGAAUGGAGGUGAACGCUUCAUCACACCCCAAGCGACUUCGACCCUGACACGUGGCUAUAACAACUCUUACAACGACUCAUACGGGGAAACACCGGAGAGCCAGUACAUCCGCCACUAUGGCCUGCACGACGGCUGCGCCGAUUUGACAGACAACUAUGGCAGCCUGUCGCGGGGCAUCAACUUCCGGCCGCCGCGUUACCCCUACAUGCCUAACAGCUACCGUCCGGAGAACAGCUACACUCUGCCUAUUCGCAAGGACGACUACGGCCACGUGGCGCAGCCUCAGGUGCCUAUGGGGAGCAGCACAGUGGAUCUAAACCGCUCCCAACCAGAGCGAUUUCAACCUGAGCCGUACGGCUUGGAGGAUGAUCGACGCAGCUUGGGCCCUGAAGAGGAGGAGCCGUACGAGCUAGAACCCGACUACUCCACGGCCAGCCGCCGAACCCUGCCGGGGACUAACCGCAGCCGCACUCACAGGGAACCUCUACGUGACUUGCACAGGGUCAGAGGGUACCCAGAUGACCCCAUUGAGGAAGAGCUGAUUGAUGAGCGCCACCCUUACAUCCAUGGUAUGUAUUCAGCACCGCUUGCUCAGCCUGAGAGAGGAAGCAUGGCCAGUCUGGACCGAAUGGCUGGCAGACGUUCCCCUUCCAUCGACAGCAUCCGCAAGGACCCACGUUGGAGGGACCCCGAUCUCCCCGAGGUCAUUGCCAUGCUGGGUCACCCUAUUGACCCGGUGAAGUCCAACGCCGCUGCCUAUCUGCAGCACCUGUGCUAUGAGAACGACAAGAUAAAGAAGGAUGUUCGCCAGCUGAAGGGGAUUCCUGUUCUGGUAGGGCUUUUGGACCACCCCAAAUCCGAGGUUCACCGCAAAGCCUGUGGAGCGCUUCGGAACAUCUCCUACGGCAAGGACAAUGAGAACAAAGUGGCCAUCAAGAACUGUGAUGGUAUUCCAGCCCUUAUCCGUCUGCUGAGGAAGACCAAUGACAUGGAGGUUCGAGAGCUGAUCACCGGUACUCUGUGGAAUCUGUCAUCCUAUGAGCCCCUGAAAAUGGUGAUCAUCAACCAUGGGCUGCAGACCAUGACCAACGAGGUCAUCAUCCCCCACUCUGGUUGGGAGCAUGAACCCAACGAGGACUCGAAGCCACGUGAUGCAGAGUGGACUACCGUCUUCAAGAACACGUCCGGCUGCCUUAGAAACGUAAGCUCAGACGGCGCAGAGGCCCGGCGCAGACUGAGAGAAUGCGAUGGACUGGUGGACGCUCUGCUGCACGCUCUGCAAUCCGCUGUAGGGAAGAAAGACAUGGACAACAAGUCUGUGGAGAAUUGCGUUUGCAUUAUGAGGAACCUCUCCUAUCACGUGCACAAAGAGGUGCCAGGAGCUGAGAGGUUCCAGGAUCCCUCAGCUCUGCAGGCUCCUGGGUCUGCAGGACCGCAAAGGAAAAAGAAGGAUGACGCUGGCUGCUUUGGAGGGAAGAAGGCCAAAGAGGAAUGGUUUAAUCAAGGCAGGAAGAAUGGGGAAAAUGACAAAAACUACGACACAUUGGAUCUGCCUAAACGCACAGAGCCUUCCAAAGGCUUCGAGUUGCUGUACCAGCCAGAAGUGGUGAGGCUCUACCUGUCUCUGCUGACCGAGAGCCAGAACUACAACACCCUGGAGGCAGCAGCAGGGGCUCUGCAGAACCUCAGCGCUGGACAGUGGACUUGGUCCAACUACAUCCGAGCCACGGUGCGGAAGGAGAAAGGUCUCCCCAUCCUGGUGGAGCUGCUGCGUUCCGACUCUGACAAGGUGGUCCGAGCUGUGGCCAUCGCUCUCCGCAACCUCUCCAUUGAUCGACGCAACAAGGAUCUGAUUGGAAGCUACGCAAUGCGGGACCUUGUCAGCAACCUGCCAAGUGGUCAGCAAAGACCAGCCAAGAACCUGGAGGAGGACACCGUGGUGGCCAUCCUCAACACCAUUCACGAGAUUGUGAUGGACAGCUCGGAAAACGCUCGCUCCCUCAUCCAGGCCCAGGCCAUCGAGAAGCUGGUCGCCAUCAAGAGGACGAGCCAAUCAGCUCGUGAAACAAAGGCGGCAUCACAUGUACUGCAGACGGUUUGGAGCUACAAGGAGCUGAGGAACGCUUUGGCAAAAGACGGUUGGAACAAAAGCCACUUCCAGCCCACUGUGACGGCCACCCCUAAAACCACCAAGAAUGGAAAACCAGGUUAUGACGACACCACCCUGCCGCUGAUGGAGAAGAACCAAGAUGGUUACUCCACCAUUGACCAGAGGGACAAGGACUGCAAAUACAAAACAGACGACGGCUCUGCGGACCUGACAGAACGGGAACCAUUGAAGAAUGACACAAAUAGGAAACACUAUAUCAGGAGUAACAGGCCUGCGGUCAGUCUGGUGGACGCUUGUGAUGUUAAGCCUCAGCCUGUUGACUCCUGGGUCUAAGUGCAUGCAUGGCUUAAACCAGCAAUAGAGCGACAUCCCCGACUACAAGAGGAUCCCUCAUAUCACCACUGCCAUUUCACAAGAGCUCACCUUUGGAGCGGGGCUUUGAACAGAGAAGAGCAUUUAAAACAAAAUAUACGGCCACAGCAGAAACAACCCAGCAGCAGUCAUGUUUUACAACGGAGAAAAAAAAGACAAAAAAAAAAAAAACUAGAGUACUGACACUUCCUACUCUUUCAUAUCUACAUUCCUCGAUAUCAUGUGAAUUUUUACAGUGUUGACUCCUGCUCAGAGUAUAUUUGAUAGAAAUGGAAAGAGCAAAGUGAAUCUGAAAGGAAAGGAGAUGAGGAAAAGGACUUAAGGGAGUUUGAAGGGUUUGAAUUUGGUACGUUGUUAUGAAAAAGGAGCAGAGAAAAUGACAGAGGGAGGAGAAAAAUGAAAGGAAAGAACCGAGCCUGAGGAGAGCCCUAGCAUUGUAGAGGUAAACAGUUAUAUCCUUAAAAGCAAA